UUUCUCCCGCCCUUCGCCCCGCCUCAUGGCCGCCUCGCUCGCUUCCUCGCUGGGCCAGUCACGGGCUGAGGUGGCAGCUCGCUCCUGGCUCCUUCCCUCGCUCGAGGCCCCGGUGGGCGUGAGGCGGCGACGGUGGCAAGCGGCGCUCCUUCGCCUCAGCGAGCGAAGAAGAGGAGGAGGAUGAGAGGCGGCGGCUGCAGCAGCAGCAGCGAGGCGCCUCGGCAGCGAGUCGCGCACUGAGCCGCCUCUCUACACACGCCGACCGACCGACCGACCGCCAUCCCGAGCGGGGCUUUUACCUCAGGGCGCUUCUUCCCGCGCCCGCCAGCAGAGGCCGCCGAAGAGGGCUGGCGGCGCCGGCUGCCCCAUGUCCCGCAAGGCCAAUGUGGAAUAUACCCUGAAGAGCCUCAGCAACCUGAUGGGGGAGAAGCGCCGGCGGCAGCAGCAGCAGCCGCCGCCCGCCGCCGCCGCCGAGGGCUCGGCUAGCCUGGGCGAGAGGAGCCUCCUGGCCGCCGCCGAGUCGUGCUCCAGCCUCCACAGCCAAGCGUCCGGCGGCGGCAGCGGCGGCUGCUCGGACUUGGAGCGGGCGGCCCGGCGGCAGUUCCAGCGGGACGAGACGCCCAGCUUCGUGUACGUGGCGUCGGUCUUCUCGGCGCUGGGCGGCUUCCUCUUCGGCUACGACACGGGCGUGGUGUCCGGGGCGCUGCUGCUGCUCAAGAAGGAGCUGCACCUGGACGCCUUCUGGCAGGAGCUGCUGGUCUCCAGCACCGUGGGCGCCGCCGCCCUCUCGGCGCUGCUGGGCGGCGUCCUCAACGGCUGGUGCGGCCGGAGAGCCUGCAUCCUGCUGGCCAGCGGCAUCUUCACGGCCGGGGCAGCCGUGCUGGCGGCCGCCCAGGACAAGGAGACGCUGCUGGCCGGGCGCGUCGUGGUGGGGCUGGGCAUAGGUAUUGCUUCUAUGACAGUCCCAGUAUACAUUGCAGAAGUUGCUCCACCUCAUCUAAGAGGCAGAUUAGUUACUAUAAACACACUCUUCAUCACAGGAGGACAGUUCUUUGCAAGCGUUAUAGAUGGAGCCUUCAGUUAUCUUCCAAAGGAUGGAUGGAGAUAUAUGUUGGGCCUCUCGGCAGUUCCAGCUGUAAUACAGUUUUUUGGCUUCCUCUUUCUUCCUGAAAGCCCCCGUUGGCUUAUUCAAAAAGGACAGACUCAAAAGGCACGAAGAAUCCUGUCUCUGAUGCGGGGUAAUCAAACAAUAGAUGAAGAAUAUGAUAGCAUCAAGAAUAACAUAGAAGAGGAAGAAAAAGAAGUUGGUGCAGCUGGACCUGUGAUCUGCAGAAUGCUGACCUAUCCUCCAACUCGAAGAGAGUUAAUAGUGGGUUGCGGUCUACAAAUGUUCCAGCAACUGGCAGGUAUUAACACAGUCAUGUAUUACAGUGCCACCAUUAUGCAGAUGUCCGGUGUUCAAGAUGACCGGCUUGCAAUUUGGCUUGCUGCAGUGACAGCAUUCACUAAUUUCAUUUUCACUCUUGUUGGAGUCUGGCUUGUUGAGAAAGUGGGCCGGCGAAAACUCACCCUCGGAAGCUUAGCAGGCACUACAGUUGCACUUCUUAUUUUAGCUUUGGGAUUUUUGCUGUCAGCUCAGGUUUCACCACAAGUCACUCUUAAUCCCGAAGGCCCUUCCGGUCAAAAUUCUACCUGCACAAAAUACAGUUACUGUAAUGGCUGCAUGCUGGAUCCAAUUUGUGGCUUUUGCUACAAACUAAACAAGUCAAGUGUUGUGGAGUCCUCCUGUGUCCCUGUCGAUAGGAAGUCUACAAUGGAAGCAGCCUGGGGCAGAUGUUCAAAUGAGACCAGACUCAAAACUGAAGAGACAUAUUGGGCAUAUAAUUUCUGCCCUACACCAUAUUCUUGGACAGCGCUCGUGGGACUUAUUUUAUACCUGGUUUUCUUUGCACCAGGAAUGGGACCAAUGCCAUGGACAGUAAAUUCUGAAAUAUACCCCCUUUGGGCUAGAAGUACAGGAAAUGCCUGUUCUUCCGGCGUGAACUGGAUUUUCAACGUCCUAGUGUCACUUACAUUUCUGCACACAGCUGAAUAUCUGACGUACUAUGGAGCAUUCUUCCUUUAUGCGGGAUUUGCUUUUGUGGGACUCAUUUUCCUCUACGGCUGCCUUCCUGAGACGAAAGGGAAGAAACUGGAGGAAAUUGAAUGCUUAUUUGAGAACUCACUGUGUACAUGUGGCAUUUCAGAUUCAGAUGACGGGAGGUAUAUUGAAUAUAUCCGGGUGAAGGGAAGUAAUUACCAUCUUUCCGACAAUGAUGCUUCUGAUGUGGAAUGAUUUUCAGCUGCUGGUGUAUUUAAUCAAGCCGGGGUGUUGUUGUUUUUGGCAGGGGGUGGUGGUGAAGGAGCUGUUCUUGAUGACCUCACUGCCCUGCUUCUGGUCUGGUUCUCCUUUCUACUGUCUUAUCCAGCUUCACUUUCCUGUUCCAAACCAUGUCAUUUGAGACGAAUACAGCAAAACAGGACACUGAUCUUUCAAUUAGUCAAAAAGGGACAAUUGUGAGGGGGAGGGAAUUAUUCUGGGAGGAUACAAACAUUCCAGGUGGGUGUAUGUCUGAGGUCUUAGAAAUGACGAUACCAAACUCAAUUGAUGAUAUACCAUGCAUUUUUGUCCCACUUGAAAAAAGUGAAAAAGAACAGCUAGUCAGAAACCAAAUGAAUCAUUAAAGUACGGUUACCUGGCAACCGAGGGUUGAUACAAAAGUGCUCAGCCUCUUACAAAACAAGCGGGAGAGAGAGAGAGAGAGAGAGAAAUCGGCUGCCUGCUGUGGAAAUUGUAAUUUAAUAUUAUUACUUCUUUCAAAAGUAGAUUAAUUUGUAUGCAAGGAGAAGGCAGGGUGUUGCAGCCCUUUGGGUUGCUUCCUUCCUUCCUUCCUUCCUUCCUUCCUUCCUUCCUUCCUUCCUUCCUUUGGGCAUGCCUAUCUUUGUAAUAACUUGCCACUGUUUUACGGCCAUUGCUCUGCACAAGGGACCCCCGAGAACAGCCACAGGGCAGGUCUGCAGAGAAUUUUGGCGCUGGUUUUUAGCAUUCUCUCUUGGGUAGUGUUGUGGGUGGUUGCUUGAAACACAACUGCACACGAGCAAUUCUGGGUAGCGGUCUGUUUUGUUCAACAGCAGAUCCAUGCACAUUGCUUCCUUGAACCUGGUAAAAUUUGACAAAAGCUGAUCCCUUCAUGAAGCCACUUCUCCUCUAUGAAGCUAUGGGUGAGCUAGAACUUCUACCAUAAGAAGGGUGAGGGGGCAGAUACACAGAGCUUCCUAACGCCCAUUUAUUUCCCCUUAUUCUGCCCUCCCCAAAGAAUGGAAAGCACCAUUGGAGCAACUAAUGUUCAUCUCUAUUCCCCUCCAAAAGAUCAAACAAACAGGCAGGACCUGUGCACAGGAAACUUUCCAUUAACUUGGUUGAGCACCUUUUAUUGAAUGAAACUUGCUCAUGGAUAAACACUACAGAAGACUCUUGGCCAUUGAGGAGAGCGUGGUUGGUAAUACAGUUCUGGAUUAAAUACUGUGUGGAACCUUCACUUCCAGCUAAACACAGAAAAGUAAAAACGAAAGGGCUCCAGUACAGAAAUGAGUGUGAAGCACUCUAAACACUCUGAAGCCUACAUCAGGAGUGGGGGUCCUGUGGCCACUGGGAUGCUGUUGAACCUAAAUUCCCAUCAGCCCCAGCCAGCGUGGCCAGUGGUCAGAAAUGGUGGUAAUUGUAGUCCCAACAACUCCUAGAAGGUCACCAAGUUCUCCUACCCCCUCCUGCAUAUAAUUGGAUGCCUAAGGAAAAGGUGAUUCUGCAAAAGAACAAGAAGUUAAAAGCACAUGCCUAGGUUAGCAACUAGGGACGCAGGUGGUGCUGUGGGGUAAACCACAGAGCCUAGGGCUUGCCGAUCAGAAGGUCGGCGGUUUGAAUCCCCGCGACGGGGUGAGCUCCCGUUGCUCGGUCCCUGCUCCUGCCAACCUAGUAGUUCGAAAGCACGUCAAAGUGCAAGUAGAUAAAUAGGUACCGCUCCAGCGGGAAGGUAAACGGCGUUUCCGUGAGCUGCUCUGGUUCGCCAGAAGCGGCUUAGUCAUGCUGGCCACAUGACCCGGAAGCUGUACGCCGGCUCCCUCGGCCAAUAAAGCGAGAUGAGCGCCGCAACCCCAGAGUCGGCCACUCCUGGACCUAAUGGUCAGGGGUCCCUUUACCUAGGUUAGCAACUGCACUAAUCAAAGAGUUAGUGCUGCCAUCAAAUUUCUGCUAUGCUGACUGGGUGUCUCCUGUUAUUCCCCCUGCCCCUUCUGAUUGUGCUUCCCUUGGAUAGCAUUUGGCUCAAGAGACUUUUGGGAUUUUAAAAAAACUAGUUAUAGGGAUAAUAUUAUAGACCCCGAUGUGUAGUUUAUAGCCUCUUCCAAAUUGCAUCCAAGGCAUCCUCCUUUGUGACUGGGAGAAAGGAAAUAAGAAUUUCCUCCAGCAAAAGAUACCUUUAAAAGGCAAAUUAUUCAUUCAUUUUUAAGUGCUGCUUGUAAAACCCACAUUUGAAAAGCUGUAUGGGAGGUUUGGCAUGAGAGUGACCCCAAAGAGGACUUGCAUUCCCACUGGCUCCUUCUGCUAAACAUCCACCUGCCCUUUUAACCUUUUGAAGUUUCAGGCAGGGAACUGAUGGAAAGGAAGCGCUGUCUUUCUCAAGGCUCCGAUGUGUAGAGCUUCACCUUUUCAAGCUAGCUGCUCUCUUUCCAGAACAAUUCCACAUUUUCCACAGCCACCGUUCAACUUUGAAAUGUAUGGUUCCAUCAAACGAACAGCAUUGCCUUAAAAUGGGUUUAAUCUGCAUCUGCCUUUUAAAAAUGGGCAAAUACACCAAACCGGUCUGCUUUUAUGAUGAAACUGGUUUCUGCCUGCCCCUUAAACAUUCUCUUGGAAUUGGUUGCAAUGACCAAUAAAGUCCAGUGAUAAUGAAGUCUGUGCCAAAAUGCUGCCUUUAAUAGGGCCAGUCCUUAAAUAUGCCUUCACUGGUUUUCCUGCCUAAAGCCUUAAUUGAGGGGAAAUGUGUGAAAGGUAUGCCCAGGAGGAGAUUUCAAACUGAUCUCAGAAAUUUGCAGGGUUGGGACUUAAAGCCACAUAGGAUAUGGGUGUUUAAUUGGUGAUCUAUUCGUCUUCUGUGGCUCUGGUUAUCUGCUUUGGGACAAUAAAAAUUGCUCCUUGCUCUCCCAAUCAGAUCAAAAGACGAUUGCUCUAGACAGAACCUUGUCACAAGCCCAUGUGUUGAGCACAGCAAAUAGUGUUCCCAUUUAUAUUAACUUUCUUAUUUUUCCAGACUGCGCUGAUGUCUUUAACAUCGGAAAAGCAUUAGCCAGCAUUUUGGUUCUUUGACAUUCUCUCAAAUGAUGUUCAGCCAUCCGCCAUCCUCAUCUCUUUUUCUGAAACAUAUUUUAUCUUCUUAGGGAGUAUAUAUUUUUUAAGCCAGGCCUGACAUUUCCCCCCUCUCUCUACCUGUUAGAGGCCGAAAGCAGUAUAUUUGAGCUCACUAACAAGAGCACAAAAUCCACAGUCACUUUCCCCGUUGCUUUAUUUUCCCUUCUGGACACGCUGGCAUAAGUCUUCCUUUUGAUGUUGCUUUAUGCUGUAAUAAUGCCUUAGUCACAGUACCAAGAAUUACUUAUAAUAACAAUGAAUCGAAUGUUACUUGAAAAAGUACUACAAAAUUGGGGGUUUUAUUUUUGGAAUCUGUGAAUGUUUAUAAUCAAAGAGUAAAGGAGAAAUGUUUCUAUUUUACAGCAUAUUUUUGUUUAUAUUUUACAUCUUAACUUUGUCAGAAAAGCCUAGUUUUAAUAUUCGAGACACAGCUAUUUAAUUACAAUAGAUGAUAUGUAGUUUAGCCCUACUCAAGAGUAGACCCAUUGAAAUCGGUGGAUGUCACUUAAGUAUGACUAAUGUUGAAUGUUCUCCAAUGUAGCAGGUCCAGCUCUUCUACUAGGACUUUUAUUUGUAACAGAACACGGACAGCAUACCUAAGCACAACACUUUUAUUCAAACGUUCUAAUGCCCACAUGUUUCUCUAGGUUUGUUCGAUUCAGAUCUAUUGUGCUUCAGGUCAGUUAGUAGUUUCAGAUAUGGUGUAUUUGAGAAAUCUUAAAAUACCUCUUCUAAGAACUCAUCUUAGCUUAGCAAAAGCAAUCUGCAGAUGGACGGAGGCUUCCAGUCCGAGGAUCAGGUCCUUUGGGCACAAAAAUUUGCAGUGCAGGAUUGGAGUGGUGGCAUCUGUCUACACCUAGGGUUGUGUGUGCAAUGGACCAUACCAGUUCAGGUCCAAGGGAGCACAUUUGAUAAGGCAGAUGA